CCUCGACCCGACGACGUCGCCCGCGACCGCGGAGGCACACACGUGCGCAGUCGGCGAGAGAUACCUGCGAGAGGGUAGCACCCCCGCGGUGAAACCUGCGACCGCAGUAGUCUCCGUGGGCCAGGGGAUCGCUCGGCGACCGCGUUCGGAUAUCCUCGGUGCCUCAUCCCGCCGACGACGUCGGGCCCGACUGACGAUCCCGAUUCUCGUCGCGUUCACUGUUGGGCAUCCGCGACACGUGUCUCGCGGCCGUUGUUAUGUGCAUACCGCUGCGGGAAGGAGGGUGAAGUGUUGCGGAGCACGCGAGUGAGACUGAGAUACCAAGGAGAGGAGUCCCGCGAUCCGCCUCGCGGUAGGUGCCUCCGAUAACUUCCUCCGAUGCGCCCUUGCUCAGGGGGUGUUAGUUGCACGUGGUGCGAACUCGACGAUCUCUGACAAGAGCUUCGCGGCGGACACUGGGAGCUGCGCGCGUCAGCCAGCUAGAGCAGCGAGAAGCGAGGGAUCCAUCGUCGACGAGUGCCUGCCAAGGUCGCGGACGACGAGGACCAUGAAGAAAUCGUACUUCGUCUUCAUAUGCCUGCUGGGCCUCGUCGUGAGCGACAACAGCACGAUCGGCGAUCACUCGAUCACUGAGGACGUCUCGGAGAUCAGCAACACCGGCAACGAUUUCGCCGUUGACGCCGUAGAUCAGAGCACCGGAUGGGGAGAAUGGUCGCCAUGGUCGAAGUGGUCGCCAUGUACGAGGUCUUGCGGUGGCGGGAUUUCGCGACAGCAGCGACGAUGCAGGCGAAAACCGUGCAAAGGCAGGGUCUGGACGACCAAAUAUAAAAUCUGCAAUCCGGAGUCUUGCGAGAAAUCGAGCGACUUUCGCUCUUCACAAUGCGCCGCCUUCAACAAUGCGCCAUACAGCGGACAACUGCUCAAGUGGUAUCCCCAUUACGACCCGGCUAGGCCGUGUUCUUUGAUCUGCCGCGGCGUGCAAACUCCCGAGAGACGGCAGGAAGCAUCGGGUGAGAAGGCGAUGCCGCGCGAUGCCGCCGACGCCAUGCAAUUCGACGGCGACGAGACGAUAGUGGUGCAACUGGCGGACAAAGUGGAGGACGGCACGAGAUGUUACGCGGACGGCACAGACGUCUGCAUCGCCGGCGAGUGUAUGAAGGUUGGCUGCGACCUUAGAGUUGGUAGUAACAAGAACACAGAUGCGUGUGGCGUGUGCGGAGGGAAUGGAUCAAGCUGCCAAUCGCGAUACUUCUGGAGUUUGGAAUCGAUAUCCGCCUGCUCCAAGUCCUGCGGUGGAGGUUUCAAGAGAGCGGUGGCGGUGUGCAGAUCGGUCGGCGCCGACGAGAGUGUCGUGGAGGACAGCUAUUGCGAUGCAAACGGCAGACCGGAGAAGACCCUAAUGCCGUGCAACACGCACCCCUGCACUACCAAAUGGGCUACUGGAGAAUGGAGCGUGUGCAGCGCGAGCUGUGGCGGCGGUACGCGAACGAGGUCCGUCUUCUGCACCGAGGAGAACGGGAACGAAACCACUAAGCUGCCGGACCACAAGUGCAGCGGCACGCACAAACCGCGCGUUCAAGAGAGCUGCAACACCGUGUCCUGCCCUAUGUGGGAGGCCGAUAAAUGGAGCGAGUGCUCCGUGACCUGUGGCACUGGAGUGCGAACGAGGACGAUCGAAUGCAGAGACGGUGUUGGCGCUAUCUCCGGGGAUUGCGACCCUGCGGAACGUCCUCAUGCCGAGCAGGAGUGCAAGACGAACGUCGCCUGUCCCACAUAUGGAGACGGCAUGACGCUGCCUUUGGUGCAACCGUAUUCGCUGUCCCAAGUGUCGGAGAAGCUGACGGACCAGCCGGUGCCUUCCGAAUCGACAUUCAUCGCCGAAAAGUGGUCGUCCUGCAGCGUCACCUGCGGCGAGGGCGUCAGGCAUAGAGAGGUGCAUUGCAAGAUAUUCCUCGAGUUCAGCAAAACUAUCGCGAUGCUACCGGACAAACAGUGUCCCGGCCCGAAGCCCGUCGAGACGGAGAAGUGCGUGAUGCAGCCGUGCGGCGACCUGUUCGAAAACAGCCUGCCCUUCCGGGUCGAGACGGUAGACGACGGCGGAUACCCCGAGUCGAGCUCGGGCUCGUCGUAUAGAUCAUCGCUCGACGGAAACGGCUACGACAGCGACAUCAAGGUCGCUCCGGGAAGCGACGUGCAGACGACGUACUCGUGGAAGGAAGCUGGAUAUACCCCCUGCAGCGCCACUUGCUUAGGAGGUGUUCAGGAUCUUAUUAUAAACUGCGUGCGCGACGACACCGGGAAAACCGCGAUGCCUCUACUGUGCACCCCCGAGACGAAACCCGAAGCGAGGAUACGAGUCUGCAACGACCAUCCAUGUCCUCCCAGGUGGAACUAUAGCGAAUUCACCACUUGCAUGAGCCCUUGCGGUAUCGGUAUACAGACGCGUGACGUCAGUUGUAUUCACGAGGUGACACGCGGCAGCGGCAGCGGCAGCGCCAAGACAGUGCUCGUCCCACAUUACAUGUGUCCGCAACCACCGCCCGCCGACAGACGAUACUGCAACGUCUGGGAUUGCCCUGUCAAAUGGAGCACCGGGGAAUGGGGAAAGUGCUCCAAGUCGUGCGGUGGUGGUGUGAAGAAACGAAAGGUGGUCUGCGAACAGAUAAUGGCGCAGGGUCGCAAGCAGAGUCGCGAGGAGCGCGAGUGUCCGGCGCAAAAGCCAGCCAGCGAGAAACCCUGCAACACCCGGGCGUGUCGUGAGUCGGAUUCGAGCGUGCCGCCGAUAAUCACCAGCUCGAACACGACGUACAAUCAAACGGACAUCAACGCGAAGGUGGACCUGAGGAUCGGCGGGGUCGCCAAGGUCUUUCAAGGCACCGGCUCCGUGAAGAUUCGCUGCCCCGUCAGGAAAUUCGACAAAACGCAGAUUCUGUGGUCGAAGGACAACAAGGAGAUACGAAAGUCGAGGAAGUACAAGAUCAGCAGGAAGGGCGCGCUGAAAAUAAUGGAAAUAGCGUCCUCGGACGCCGGUCUCUAUGCGUGUAUCGCGGGGAACUCGCGCGCGGAGACGCAAUUGAUAGUGAAAUUUCGCUCCAAAGAGCAGAUAAGUAGCGAGGAAUAUUUACGGCUCGGCAAUUCCGUUCACCUACAACGAAACGCGAAUCUCGAUUCCGCGCCGGCGAACUCGGGCGAGAGCCUCUACACCGAUCGCGCAGCAGCCUACGGCAACCGCUUCGACAGCGAGGACAUCAGUCACGAGCGGGCGUUUCCCAGCAAACCGACGCGGAAACCGCAUCAGAAGAAGCAGAAGACCAGCCCGGCGCCGUUGGACGCCACGAUGAUGCACAAAGAGCAGACCGUCACCUCUCUCAACCAGCCGGGGCAUCACGAAUCCGUGGAGUCGGCCGCUCCAUCGAGCGCCUCCGCUCUGGUGCCGCACUUGAGCUACUUGAUAUCGAGCUUGAAGGCCUACUGGCCGUUCCGUAGCGAAGUAAGCACGAGCGACAACCGCAAGGCGGCCAUUUCCGCGAGGGACGGCGGAAGCAAAGCGGCGUCCACCAAGUACAGAUUGUCGAACGGGAAGGGGGGCGAUCUGACGUACCAGAGCCUUGAAGACAGUUUCGACAGUUUGUAUCGCAACACGAUUAUUCCUGACAAGACUUUCGGCCCGGACGAGGAGCGGAUUUUCAUCGACGUCGAUCCCUACGACCUGGACCUGGAGUCUGUGUUCGGGUUGCAGCAUCAGGGCGACAACGUCGUGUCGACGGCGCCCGUCGCGGCUAACAAGCUUACCGCCAAGCAACCUAAUAUCGAUUAUAUCGAGGAGUCGCUGAAAAAUGUGAAAAGGUAUUGGCAAGAGUCGAAAGAACGGUCGAAAGACGAGUCGGGGGACGGGUCGAAAGGUCAGUGGAGUACCACGCCCAAGGAUCACGUACGGAGCGGAGCCGUUGGCACGUCUCCGGGAGACGCCGGGAUGGACGUGUACUAUGUCGAGGACUCGUCGAGCACGAAGAAGAAGGAAUCGCCCGAAGAGAGGCGCAGUUUUGCCGACGACGGCGAUAAGUUCAUCAAUCACGGUGCCGCCUAUGGUAACGCGAGGAGAGCCGGCGGAGAUCCAUCGACCACGCCGGCGGCGGCGGCGAGAAACCCGGAGGAGCAGCACCGGCCGAGGACAGCGCCGGAAUCGGCGCGUCGUCGCGAUCGCGCGAACGGGACAAUUGAUUACAGCGACGCGUUGUUCGACGACGAGUCGGAUGAGCGGGAGAUCGUGCGGCAUACGGGAAAUCGCACGACCGAUUAUACAAUCGUGCGAUUCCCGGCCACCAGGAACCUCGACGGAGGCGGAGGAGCGGGCAAGGACUCGACGUUGAUGGAUGAUCGAGGCUCGACCGUUGUCGAGGAGGUGCCUGACGAAGACGCGAGAAACUUAUCUCGCGAUCGGGAGGAUCAUGCCGGCUCCAUGGAGAAGGCCUCCUCGCUUAAUCUAAAGGAAAUCUCCAAAGAGGGGGAACAAUCGACCGACGAAGAUAAGGCCGUUUUGACCUCCACUCCGGUGGCGGAGGACAACACGACCAAGGACCCCGCCGUGGAAUCCCUCGCUGUGUUAGCUGUGGACAACACGGAAAGUCUGGUAUUCGAGUGGGUCACAACCGACUGGUCGAAGUGUUCUCAAACUUGCGGAGGAAGUGGGUUCCAGAUGCGAGGCGCGCAGUGCACAGUUCGCACGGCGAUGUUGAACGGCAACUCCACGCGCGUCUCGCCGAGGACGGUGAUCGGCGCGACGUUGUGCGAGGACGCCGGUCAUCCGGUGCCGCAGAAAGUGCGACCCUGCGGAAUGGGCAGGUGUCCCCAGUGGCACACCACCGAGUGGACUCCGUGCGAGACGUCGAGGUGUUUCAAUUGGAAGACGGCGAUGCAGAAGCGGGACAUCAGCUGUCGGCUGGCAUCGGAGGAUGAUCGGGAGAACGUCACGUUGCUGGAUCCGAACAAGUGCGACGAGGCUACGAGGCCGCUGCAGAGACAGGAGUGCUACAACGACGCCUGCAAGGGCGUCUGGCGGGUCGGCGAGUGGUCGGAAUGCACCGCGUCUUGCGAGGAGGACGGCAUCAAAUACAGAAUCUUACAGUGCGUCUGGUUUGGCACGAAGAAGCCGGCGGGAAAUGCCUGCAGAGACAUACCACGACCGCCUGUGAUGAAAACCUGCAGAGGUUCGCCUUGUCCUCAAUCGCCGGAGGACUGCAAGGAUCACUCGCAGCUGUGCGGCAGAGUGAAAAUAAUGAACAUGUGCAGGGUGCCGCUGUACAAGAAACAGUGCUGCGCAUCGUGUCGCUAAGUCCGAGAGAAUUGAUUGCGAGUGACGUGUGCGAGGAUUAAACAAAAUGAACGAUGAUGAUAACGACGACGACGACGAUGACGACGACGAUAAUAACGAUAAUGAUGACGACGAGGAGUGCGCGUGGGACACAAGGAGUGUAAAUUGCGAUUAGUCGGGGAAUUACUUAAUGACAUAUGUAAAACGCACUCGGGAUGCCUGUUGUUAGUUAAAUUAUAACACGCGAAAGAAGCGUACCACUGUGAAAUCAUGUUGCACAGUAUUACGAUGUCCAAUUUAUAGAUAAAGGAUAUUCUGAGGGAGGGAAAAAGAGAAAGAGAGAGAGUCUAACGACCAAAACUACUUCGCCGUAAUAGUUUUCUCGUCUUAUCGUUGCAAGAAAUCACUCCAUCCUUGCUGCGGACGUUCCUCUUGCAAAAGUAAAAAAAAAAAAGAGAGAAAGAGAAAAAACAAAACAAACCCGUCAACCUCGACAGUUUCCUAAUUAAACCAUAAUUUUCUAACGUAUGUCACACGUAGUUUGGCGCGAUUCCUAAUUGCGCACGCUCAUUGCCCCUAGUUA